UUCACUUUUCAACUCGCUCCAUCAUCCCCCCCCGCCACGCGCCUCGGGCCCCCCAGCUCCGUCACGCACCCCCCAGCGACCCCCCCAUGGCUGCGCUGCGGAUCAGCCCCAAGGCCGAGGCCCAGGUGGAUUCCUUUCGGACCCAGCUCUGCGCCCAGGCUGAAGCGCUGGUUGGGACCCGGUUCCCCAGCAAGAUAACUCAGCUGGAUGCUUUCCUCAAGGACCCGGCGCUGAAUGUGGGGGAUCUUGAGUCCCUGCGGGCCCCGCUCGACAUCCCCAUCCCCGACCCCGCCAAGGAGAAGGCGAAAGCCGAGCGCCGCAAGAAGGAAGAGAAGGAAGAGAAAAAAGACGAGAAGAAGUCAGAGGAGGAGGAUAAAGCGCCCCCCUGUGGGCCCGUGAGCAGCAACGACACGGUUGUGGGGCUGGUGAGCCGGGUGAAAGCCGAGAUUCAGGGCGCCAAGGAGGAUGUGGGGCUGGUCUCUGUCUGGGUUCAACUCCAGGUGCCCCGUAUCGAAGACGGCAACAAUUUUGGGGUCGCAGUCCAGGAGAAGGUGUUUGAGCUGAUGACGGCCUUGCGGACGAAGCUGGAAGGAUUUCAGACCCAGAUCUCCAAGUGAGUCCCAACUUGGGGGGACCCCCCCCCCCGUCCCAUCAGCUUGGUUAAAAGCAAAACAAAGAAUCAACCAACCACCCA